AUGUUUGCCACGUAUGGGGAGAUAUGUCAAAGACUGUGUGGCUGCGAUGAAAAAGAUGGGAUACUAACUGUGAGCUGUGAAAGCAGAGGAAUCACAGCCAUCUCAGACAUAAGCCCACCGUUUUACCCUCUCUAUCACCUCCUACUCAAUGGGAACCAACUCCAUAAGCUCUCCGCCGACGACUUUGUUGACUAUAGAGGAUUGACAAUUUUACAUCUGGGGAAUAAUGACAUCUUGGAGGUGGAGGCGGGAGCGUUUAAUGGGCUUCAGGGAUUACGACGAUUGCAUCUUAACAACAACAAGAUUGACUCCUUGAGGGAAGAGCUUUUCUUUGGCCUGGAAAGUCUGGAGUACCUGCAAAUUGAUUAUAAUUACAUAACUCUAGUGGCACCGAACACCUUCCACAGACUCAGACAUCUGGAGGUGCUAAUCCUAAACGACAACCUCAUCUCCAGCUUGCCCAUCAACGUUUUCCAGUAUGUUCCGCUGACCCAUUUGGACUUGAGGGGCAAUCAACUCAAAGUGCUUCCUUACACCGGUCUACUGGAGCACAUGAACAGUGUGGUGGAGCUGCAGCUGGAGGAGAACCCCUGGAACUGCUCUUGUGAACUUAUCGCUCUCAAAACUUGGCUGGAGAGCAUUUCGUACGCAGCUUUAGUUGGGGACGUGGUUUUCAGCGGCGUCCUGGAUCAGCUUACAGCCCUGGUGCAAGUGGACUUGUUUGAGAAUCCCUGGGAUUGCUCUUGUAGCAUUCUGGAGCUGAAGUCGUGGCUGGAGCAGCUUAGCACAGGCACGGUUGUAAACAACGUCAUCUGUGGCUCUCCAAAGAAGCUGGCGGGGGAGGACAUGAGAUACAUUAAGGCUUCCCAUUUCUGCCCUAAUAACUCCAAGGUGCUGGCUUCCAUGAUCCCACCAUCGGAAGAGUCAUUUCCAGGAAGUACCGUCACCAUAGAAACAUCUUUAGAUUCGGACAUGCACAACAACGCCAUUCCGCUGUCCGUCAUGAUUCUCGCACUUCUUCUCAUAUUUAUAAUGUCAGUUUUUGUGGCUGCCGGUCUGUUCGUCACCAUGAAAAAACGUAAACAGAAAAACCAACAUGUGCAGAAUGACUCUAUGAAUGCAUGCAUCAGUUCGCUCAACAUGGAAUACGGACUGUAUAAAAAGGGGACUAUUCCCAAAGUGCGGACCUCUGCAGGGCACGUUUACGAGUACAUCCCACCCCCAGCGGAGCCUGCUAGCCGGACAACUGCCCAAACCCCAACUGACCACAAAUCCGUAGAUGGAUAUCGAGACUUUGACGAGAUAAGUGGGCCGUUUUUGGGUAAUUCAGACGAGGAAGCUGCCAGUAACGUUUUAAGUUCAGAGUACAGCGCGACCACUCCAGAACUUCUGAACAAGCCAACCACUCCUCAUCGAGACGAGCCGUGUUUCUACCGGAACGCACACAAUCCCGACAAGCGAUAUUGCAAUACAUUACCGUGUAAGCACGCAACGCACUCAAGACCUGAGCCAACAGCCACGGAGUUACCUUUAUCCUCUCCUCUCCCCGGAUUCACGAAGCGGAUUCAAAAGCUCCUCUAA